UUUUUGAAGCAAGCAAAUCAAUAAGUGCCUAGUUGUCAAAAAAUCUAAAAGAGAAAUCCGUGCUUUUUUUUAAUGACCCACAAUCGUGUAAUCAUGACCAGACGCAAAUAAAUUGAUAAUAUAAUAAUUCUUCUGCAUAAUUCCAUAGUCUUACACGCGCACAGAAGAUUCGUGAAAUAUAAUCGAAGCGUCAGAAGUCAGAAGACUGAAAAUCUUGAAAAUGCAUUGUUGUGUGCCUUUCUGCGAAAAUACUUCUGACAAUGUGUCUACAUCAUAUGGGGAGGGAAAAGCGAUUAGUUUUCAUGGAUUCCCAAGUGAAGUGCAGCUCCGUGCUGCCUGGCUCAGAGCCCUCGGCAAACAAGACAACCUGCCAGACUCCGCUGUGGUCUGCUCGCAGCAUUUUCUUAAUAAUGACAUUUAUGAAACAGAAAGUGGCUUAAGGAAAAUUCAUAUGGGUGCUAUUCCUUCAACAGUGCAGGUUUGCAUGAUAUGCCUAGACACUGACAGCAAGCUGUUACUAAUGAGUUACGAAUUGGAAGAAGCAUAUGAAAAGUUAAUUGGACAGCCUUUGUGUGAUCAAGGAAACCUAAAACAUACAAUCUGUGUACAAUGUACUCAGAGAUUGAUAAAUUUUAGUAGAUUUAGAGACGAGAGCUUGAGAGCCCGUGCACUGAUGAUGGACUUAGUUCAAAAACAUGAAUUUAUAACAAGACAACAUAUGAAACUGAUAAACAGCAUAAAACACAGACUAAAUAGUAAUAUGACAAAGCUAGACCCUGACCACUGUGACUUACACAUACUUGAACACCCCUCAGAAGACCAUCAGAAAGAAUUAGAGGAAACCAGAUUGGAAAGUAUCAUGAAAAUUGAAGGAAAUGAUGAGUCCAUGAUGGCUGAUGAAGACUUGAAAAUGGAGAAUGAAGAUGAUAAUAAUGUCAGUGAUUUCAUUCUAGAUCCGUUAAAGUAUGAAAGUUCUCCCUACCAAUGUACACUUUGUUGGGAGGAAUUUGUACAUGAACAUGCGUACAUGCAACAUUUGAGCAUGCAUGUCCAGCAGCAAGGUGACGGUGAUGGUGAAUGGAAGACGUCACAAGUAUGCAAGCCUCAUACAGCUGUGAGCUGCAGUUCUGCAUACUCUUCACUCAUCACUGAGAACAAGCAGGCAGACCCCAACACUUCCGCACAUUCCGUUCAGAUCUUAGUUGCUCCUUUGUCCGCGAGACUUGCGACAGUUAAUGAGGACAAAGAGUCUGCAAAUGAAGCUACCGAUGCAGUCCGGGAAAGUAAUCCAGUAUUUGAAAUCAACACUGACGCAUUCGACAGCCAAACACCCGAUAUUAGCUGCAAAAGGAACAUAAACAUUAGUGAAUUAACAAAUUGCGUAGUGAAAUUGAAUGACGUUUUCAAAGACCCUAAGAAAUUUGUCAAUCAGAACAUUCUGUCUAAAGAUAUCAGUUAUCAUGCAACAAGUCAGCAUCAAAUCCCCACGACAGUAGACGUUGGACCAGUCAUUAACACAGUUAAAGCUUUACAAAGUGAAACUGAUUGUUUGAAGAAUGUCAAUAACACGCAAUGUAAUAAUUCUUUAGAGAAUAGUUCAAACGUUAAGGAAAGAGGGUUCAUUUGCAAUAUUUGCGAGUACAAAUGCAAAUAUCAAAGUUAUUUGAAGAAGCACAUGAGAACUCACACUGGUUUACAACCUUUCUUGUGUAAGUUAUGCAAUUACAGAAGUACAAGAAAAGGUAAUCUACUGACGCACAUGAGAACUCAUACUGGUGAAAAGCCUUUCUUGUGUGAGUUAUGCGAUUUCAAAUGUACAACAAAUAGCCGUCUAAUGUCGCACACAAGAACCCAUACUGGUGUAAAACCUUAUUCCUGUGAGUUAUGUGAUUACAGAUGUACAGAUAGUAAUAGUCUAGUGAGGCACAUGCGAACCCACACUGGUAUCAAACCUUUCUUGUGCAACUUAUGCAAUUACAAAUUUACAGACAAGAGCACUCUAGUGAAGCACAUGACAACCCACACUGGUGAAAAACCUUUCUCAUGUAAUUUAUGCGAUUACAAAUGUCCCAGAAAUAGCUAUCUAGUGAGGCACAUGAGUACUCACACUGGUAUAAAACCUUUCUUGUGCAACUUAUGCAAUUACAAAUUUACAGACAAGAGCACUCUCGUGAAGCACAUGACAACCCGCACUGGUGAAAAACCUUUCUCAUGUAAUUUAUGCGAUUACAAAUGUGCCAGAAAUAGCUAUCUAGUGAGGCACAUGCGAACCCACACUGGUAUCAAACCUUUCUUGUGCAACUUAUGCAAUUACAAAUGUACAGAGAAGAGCACUCUAGUGAAGCACAUGACAACCCACACUGGUGAAAAACCUUUCUCAUGUAAGUUAUGCGAUUACAAAUGUGCCAGAAAUUGCUAUCUAGUGAAGCACACAAGAACCCAUACUGGUAUAAAACCUUACUCCUGUGAGUUAUGUAAUUACAGAUUUACAGUUCGUAGUCAUCUAGUGAGGCACAUGAGAACCCACACUGGUAUCAAACCUUUCUUGUGCAACUUAUGCAAUUACAAAAGUACAGACAAGAACGCUCUUGUGAGGCACAUGAGAAUCCACAUGGGUGAAAAGCCAUAUUCCUGCAAGAUAUGCGAGUACAAAUGUGCACAUAGAACUAGUCUACUGAAUCAUAAUAGGAGAACUCACACUGCCACUGGUGUAAAGCCUUCAUCAAGUUCGUGAGCCCACGCCUCACUUGACCACCAGAGAAUACACAGGAGAUAAACUCUACAUCAGACAGUGUGCAGUGUGCUUUGUGUAGAGUAUACCUUGGAGGAUCUGGGUGUGACACGCCCAACGCUUUGGGAUGCCCUGACAUUAACAGGGCUCUCUCCGUUACUUACUCCAUACAAUCGUAGUUCCAAUUUCAUUUGAAUAUUAAGCAACCAAAGUCCAUGAAAUUUUGUAGACAUAUUCUAGAAACUAAUAUCU